UCGCGAGGACGCUAUCGCUGAGAUGAUCAUCGGAAGCGGUAUCCCUUAUCUUCCUCCGUAUCUGAAUCUCGAUCGAGCUGCUCGAGUCGGCUGGCAGUGCCGAUUCGCGUCGAUUCGCACGAUUUCGCCGUUUGUUUAAUGUUACACACGAGCUCUCUCGCCGAGCUCUCUGGUCCGCGUCUACGCCAUUGGCCGAUGCUGAGGACUGGGUCUGCUGGCGGUUCAAACUCUCCCGCCACUCUCUGCGGCCGUCAGUGUCUCUCGCGUGCUCGCACGGAGAACAUCGUUCUCGCGCGUUCUCUCCAUCGAGGCUCGCUCUCUCGGUCGUACUCGGUCCUACCGAAUUACAUUGGCGACGCGAAGUCCUGCGCGCGCGAGGCCUCGCGGGUUUUCCCUCAGCGUCGCGGCGGACAAGAGGCGAGAGAGAGAGAGAGAGAGAGAGUGACGAGUGACCGAAGAGAGAGAGAGAGAGACAGAGAGAGAGAGUCAGUCGCUUUCCCGCGAAGAGGACGAGCGCGCCCGACUAAAUGAGAGUGCCUGGCGGAUAAUACGAAAAGUCCGGCCCGUCCGUUCUUCCUCUCCUCCCGUCUCUACCUCCUUUUACCUACCUACCUACCUACCUACCUACCUACCUACCUACCCGUCCCCCUCUCAUACCUCCUUUUCCCUCGAGGGAAACCUUGUCUGUCCUCGAGGGACCGCGCGAGAGUCGCACCAGCGAACGGCCGUUUCGUAAUUAGCCGGGGAAUGGACAUGGCCGACCGUUUCUGGAGACUGGCCCUGUGCUGGAUAUGCAUCGUCGGUCUCGCACGCGCCAACGUGCAAAGCAAAGUGAGAUGUUCCAAGCAGAUGAUGGAAGUGGAUAUAGUGAGGAGUAGUCCGCAGGCCAAGAUAUAUCUUCAACAGUUCAAACAUUUCCCAGACGAGGCGUGCAAACCGCAGUUUCGCGAUGGCGUGGCCACGUUCAAACUGUCGUUGCUGGAGCAGGACAUGCUGCAAUGCGGCAUCACGAGAGUCCUCAAUAAAGUCACGGGUCAAAAGAUGUACUAUCAUCGAGUAAUAGUGGAGGAGCCCGCUGACUCUAGCAAGCACACGUUCACCGUGAAAUGCGUAAUCACCGAAGUUGUCAUGGAGCCAGAAAUCGCCAUCGCGGCCAAUCACACGGCGGUACGGCGGAGCGUUCUUCCGGCGGGAUUUCAGGAACCCGAGGUGAUCGAUAUAGGCGGUGAGUUUUCCGGAACGGCGCCGGUCCCGAUCCUCGGCGUUGGUGUCAGGCAGGGUGGAACCUUGGUGACCGGUGAGCUGAACGUCAGUCCUGGCACGCCGUUGCAGAUGGAGAUAUUCUUGGACAACGAUUCAGCGCCGAUCUACGGCCUGCUGGUCACUUACAUGCUGGUCACCGACACCAAGACGCAGGAGGAAACGAUCAUUAUUAAUGGGUGCUCCGUCGAUCCUUACUUGUUCGAGAACUUCAACACCGUGGACGGCGACUUCCUGACGGCGAAAUUCCGCGCUUUCAAGUUCCCGGAGAGCACCUACGUCCAGUUCCGCGGUACCGUUAAUGUCUGCCUGGAUAAAUGCCAAGGGAUCGAAUGCAGCAACGGCCAAAUCGGUUUCGGCAGAAAAAGAAGAGCCAUUGAGAUGUCGGACAAGAACAAAUUGUUCGAGGUAACCAUGUCGACGUUCAUCAGGGUCGAUUCCGCGGACGACGUCAUGAUCGAUCAAGUGCUUUCGGAGUUCAUCAGGAAGGGAAAGAACAGGACGAAGGAGAGGGCGGUGAUCGCCGUUGAAGUUCGAGAACAGUCCGGCCCGACGACGAUUAGGACACACGAGCGAUCCUUUCUCGCGGAGGAGAUCAAAGAGCAGUUCAAGUACAAGGUCACCGAGGUGGUACUCAAUCGUUCCUCGUGUAGUACGCUGAACUGGAGUCUCUUCUUGUUCGUCCUUUGCUUUUACAAAUUCCUGUAGGAGACAAGAUUUUUAAGUUUCCGGACAAGUAAUUGCUAACUGUAAAUAAGACGCAGCCCUGAGGUACGUUAAAAGCGCGGGGGGGGGGGGGAGGAU